AUGUACCAAUGUUCCUAUUAUCAUGUCCCUGUCAACCAUGACCCUGUCAACCAUGACCCUGUCAACCAUGACCCUGUCAACCAUGUCCCUGUCAACCAUGACCCUGUCAACCAUGACCCUGUCAACCAUGACCCUGACAAUCAUGACCCUGACAGCCAUGACCCUGUUAACCAUGACCCUGCCAACCAUGUCCCUGUCAACCAUGUCCCUGUCAACCAUGUCCCAGUCAACCAUGACCCUGUCAACCAUGUCCCUGUCAAUCAUGUCCCAGUCAACCAUGUCCCUGUCAACCAUGUCCCUGUCAACCAUGACCCUGUCAACCAUGACCCUGUCAACCAUGACCCUGUCAACCAUGUCCCUGUCAACCAUGACCCUGACAAUCAUGACCCUGACAACCAUGACCCUGUCAACCAUGACCCUGUCAACCAUGACCCUGACAGCCAUGUCUCUGUCAACCAUGACCCUGUCAACCAUGACCCUGUCAACCAUGACCCUGACAGCCAUGUCUCUGUCAACCAUGUCCCUGUCAACCAUGUCCCUGUCAACCAUGACCCUGUCAACCAUUGCCCAGUCAACCAUGUCCCUGUCAACCAUGUCCCUGUCAACCAUGACCCUGUCAACCAUGUCCCUGUCAACCAUGUCCCUGUCAAACAUGAUCCUGUCAACCAUGUCCCUGUCAACCAUGUCCCUGUCAACCAUGUCCCUGUCAACCAUGACCCUGUCAACCAUGACCCUGUCAACCAGCGGUUGAGAUUCAGAACUCCUUUACAAACAUGCCCCUGUCAAGGCCAAGCAUCACCCCUCAUCUGCAGAAGGUCACAG